AUGAACCGAUUCGCCAAAUGGGUCUGCCUCUUUUCGCUCUUUUUCCUCGUGACCACGACCAGAUCCAAUGAACAAGAAGAUGGCAAGACCUCUCUGCUCAACUUCGUUACCAAGCUCUCUAAUGGAAAUAUCAAUAUCCUAGGUUGGAAUCUAUCCUCGGAUCCCUGUAAUGAUGGAUGGAAUGGUAUCAAAUGUGAUGCACAGAAUAUUACAAUCAAGAAAAUCCUCCUUCAAGAUAGAACCUUCAACGGAACCUUCGAUGCCUAUCUUCUCUGUAACCCGUCUUCUUUAGCCAAUUCUCUUAUUGAGAUCAAUCUCAACAACAACACACUCACUGGGGAGAAUUUGGAUCAAAUUCACAACUGCAAGCAACUUCUCCGAUUACACGUAGGCAGUAACAAAUUCACUGGAACCAUUCCCGAAUCCUUCUCCACCUUGAAAAAUCUAGUUUGGCUUGACUUAUCGGAAAAUGGGUUCAUCGGCCUCUUGCCUAAUUUGUCCGGGAUAUCAUGUUUGCAGGUGUUUUUAGCUAAUGGGAAUCAUUUCACAGGCGGAAUUCCGUUUUCUGAUUUCUCCAAUUUUCAAAUUUUCAAUGUCUCCUUUAACAAUUUAAGCGGGAAAGUUCCUGAUGGAGCUAACGGCAGUAAAUACUCCACAAGCUUCAUUUCUAAUCCCGGUCUCUGUGGGGAUCCACUUCCAAACAAAUGCCCAUCUCCUCCCGUUUCGUCGCCGGAGAAUAAUCAACCCCAGAACCAGAAAUCAAAGAACGUAACAUCUCAUAUUCUCAUGUACUCUGGCUAUUUCCUCAUAGGACUGGCUAUUAUUAUCAUCUUAGUAUUAGUUAAACUCUGUAAAAGAAGAAACAAACAAGAACAAGAACAGAGAGAUUCGAAAAGAGCUGCCUCUGUUAGUGAUGACAGUCACGUAAUGAAGCCAAGCGAAACAUCGGGUUUGAGCCUGAGCAAAACAGGGUAUAGCAAAUCAGAGUUUUCGGUUGCGGACGAGAGUGGUGCUAUGAUGUCUUCGUCUAUGAUCAUUAUGUCGAGCCCGAUUGUGAACGGUUUGAGAUUCGACGAUUUGCUCAAGGCCCCGGCUGAGCUAUUGGGGAGAGGAAAGCAUGGAAGCGUUUACAUGGUGACAUGCGAUGGAGGAAUUGAGUUGGUGGUGAAGAGGGUGAAAGAUUGGACGAUCAAUGGUAAUGACUUUAGACGAAGAAUGAAGAGAUUGGGAGAGGUUAAGCAUCCAAAUGUGUUAUCAGCCAUGGCUUAUUAUAGUUGCAGACAAGAGAAGCUUCUUGUUUAUGAAUAUCAGCAAAAUGGAAGCCUAUUUAGACUUCUCCAUGGGGAGAAAAGGAGCAAGAGUCUGGACUGGAGCAGCAGGCUGAACAUGGCAGCCGCUAUUGGAGAUGCAUUAGCGUUCAUGCAUAGAGAGCUUCAUCGAGAUGGGAUUGCUCACGGGAAUUUGAAAUCUUCCAACAUUUUAUUGAAGAAGAAUAUGGAGCCUUGCAUAAGUGAAUACGGGUUGAUGGAGGAACUAGAACAAUCGCGCGGGAUAAACACGUUCAAAGGAGAUGUAUACAGCUUUGGCGUGAUUAUUCUCGAGCUUCUGACCGGGAGGAUCGGGCAGGCGAAUGGGGUGGACCUGGCGACAUGGGUAGUUUCGGUUUUGAGGGAAGAAUGGACGGCGGAGGUAUUCGAUAGAGGUUUGAUGCAAGAAGGGGCGAGUGAAGAGAGGAUGGUGAAUAUGUUGCAGAUUGGUAUUAUGUGUUUGAAUGAAACAGAGGAGGCUAGGCCAAGUAUAGGGCAGGUUGCUCUUAUGAUCAAUGGUCUUAAAGAGGAGGAUGAAAGGUCCAUGAUUUCUGAGCCAUCAAUUUAA